AUGUUUCUGUUGGCCACACUGCAUUUCAAAAGUUUGAAGAAAGUCAGUUGGUUGUUGUUUUUAUGCGUUUUGUGAUCGUGUUUUAUUGUAAUUAAAUGAUCGAGUUAUUUAUGUUUCGGACUAAUUAACAAGAUGGAUUUUGAAAUUGUUGAGACUGGAUUUAGCAGUGCGGAUGAAACGAUUAAUUUCGGCACAAGAUGUUUUGGAGAUGUAACCAAUCUCUAUGAGGCUACAACUGUAGUUUGCAUGAGAACGGAAAAUGAUGCUGUGCCUUCAGAUGUGACAAUCUGCUCCUUGAUAAACAAUGGGAAGAUAUUCUGCAGUAUUAACAAAACAUUAAAGAUAUUCGCUGAUAAGGAGUGUUCCUCCGUAUUUUCGGCCGGAGUUGAAAAUCCAAUAGAUGUGAUUCAAGUGUCACCAGAUGGCAAAUACUCAUGGAUAUGCAUGGAAGGCGGCGAAGUCCUCGUGAUGGAAUCGAGUACUUCUGGAGUCAAAUCAAUUUUCUCCAAGAAUAUUAUCGACACAGAAAUACCAUGCAGAGUGAAUUUUAUGAGAUGUUUCAUUGAGUAUUCUGACCCAAACAACAAAUACUCUGUCAUAAUUGUGACUACAGUAGGAAGAAUCUAUAGAUUAUCUGUGACUCAUUCACAAGAGGGAGAGACAAAUGUGGAAGUUGAGUUACUUCAAAAUUUUAUGAAAAACUUAAAAGCCACUUCAUACAGCUUCCCUUAUCUGAUGUUAAAUUUCACAGACAAUCUCGUUGUUCUAAAUACAAUUACGCAAGGAAUAGCGUACGGCGAAUUUUACGAUUGCAGGACAAUAUGUUCUUUGCCCUAUUUCCUUUUAGGUUUGGACGCUGCCGGCAAAAUUGUGAGAAUAUUCCCGGACAAUCUCCUGACCUUCCCGUUAAAUUUCGACUGUUUAUUCAGUACAAUUUCAGUGUCAACCGACAAUAAUGGAAACUUCAACAUUCUUGGCGUUACCGUGCCAGACGACCAAGGAAAAACUUACCUAAAAAUGUUCACCUAUCCGGAUUUGUCCGAGAUUUACUCCAUUAAAUUGUCAUCGGACAUUAGCAUCAUACAAGCGGAAUCAAUCUUGGACGAAACAAUGUACAUUGUCAAGGAGAUCGCAAAGGAUCGCGUAGGACAGGUGCGCAUCGUGCAAGUGUCCGAAACCGAGCCGGGACGACGUCUCGAUCGCCUAAUCAGGAAGAACAGAUUCGACGAGGCCGAACAGAUAGUCAAGAUGUUCCAUUUGGAUCCCGUCUUGAUCGCCAAGGCCAAAGCGAAGCUGAUCAUUGAGAAAACUGCAGUCACCACCGACGACAUCAAUAACUUAAUCAGUUUGUUGGAUUCGAUCACCAACGAUGAUUUGUUCAAGUUAACGAUCUGCGUUUCAAUGGCGAAUGAUUCGUAUUGUGAGGAUCGGGAUAAUAUCAGGAUCAUUUUAAACUACGGAUGCUCCUUGAUACCAAAGUCACAUGAUGAUGAGGAGGCGGAAGAAAUUGACAGAUUACAACAGAAACUCACCGAGAUGCUUUUUAAAUUCGACACAUUCGUGGCCGUUUUUCCAGAAAACACGAAUUCCGAUGCGUGGAUUACAUUUUGGGAAUGCGACUUGCUUAAAGAAAUAGAAUCAUACAUCAAACAAUAUAAAAUUGAAGAAUCCAUAAUUUUGUACAACAGACUGGAUGAAGUCACCACAAGAGAAAUAUCGACGGAAUUUGUGGAAACGAUAUUGUCUUACUUUAACGACCUGCCAGAGAAAAUAUACCAAUCAUUCCUGCCGACCUUCAUUCCAUUGACGUUGUCUUAUAACCCGUCAUCAUUGCCGUGUUUCGUCAGAUGGCUGUAUCAAAAAGUGCUAUACAUGGAGAGGGAUAUCAAAAAGUUUCCCGAAAAGGCUCUGGAGUUCGCCGAAACUGUCAUGAAGCUUUUCCGGGCCAGCCAAGAGACUAACUUAGUGUUCCAAAGGCAGACCAUUCUCAACAAAGAUUGUCUCAAUGAAAUAGACCAGUUGAUAAAGGCCUUACAUGGAUUGCAACGAUUUAAAAUCAGCGGAAUUAACAUUCGACUUGGCGACUACAUGAAGGGACCCAACAGUGUGAUUAAAUUCUUUCUUAAUAUUAUGAUGUUGGGGACCAUCACUGAUUACGAUAAAUUUUUAAAAAACGUAUUUUUCAAAUACUUAGAGGACAAUAAUCUAGAACCAGAUAGUGUUCUUCUUGAAGGAAUAAAGAGUUUAACAAAAUAUAACGAAAAGGCUUGGUCAAAAUUACUAGAACCGGUAUUGAAUUACAUAUCCUUUAAAUCGACGAAAAUUGAGGCUAUUAGAUUUAUAUUGAACAUCGCACAGAUUCCUUGGAGCGAUAAAAUUAGAAAGGUCGCCCAAGAUGCUGUCGAACUGAACGAUCCUCAAAUUAUUGAACUUAUUAGGAAUGAGCCUCGCAGGCUUGUUUUAAGAAAACACAGUUAUGCGAUGAAAGAAAAACUGGUCAGCAUCAAAAUUGACCCUCACCUAGAGUUUUUGACGAAGAAAAUCGUCCGUGUUGGUGAGCCUACAAUGGUUGAAGAUGUUUAUACACUUUGCAAGUCUCCUAUGGAAAGGAAAAGAGCAAAUUCAGUUAUGAUACCUGUGCUUAUUCGCCUUGGAAAAUUUGAGGAGGCUCUCAAGAUUCUAGACGAAAACACACCGGAGGAGAUUUAUAAUACCUCUAAAAUAAUUGGAGGGUUUAUUAAAAGUCAACUUAGCAACACGAGUAAAUUGAACAUUAUGUACCGAGAUAAUUACUACGAAAUAGCAUCCCCGAUAUAUACGAGGUUAAUACAGAACGGACCAAAACCCUUGCAGAAACACUAUGCAGAGGAGUUAAAAUUGAUUCAACAAGUUCAUAAUUUGAACAAGGAAUUUAAUUCUCAUGUUCAAGUCGAAGAUAUGAUCUACGAAUCAGAAAAGGAAAGGGUUCGAGAAGAAAUUCUGGAAAAUUUAAUUAUGAAUUAUGAAAACAUGUCUACUGUACUUAGUAAGUGUGAAAAGUUGGCCAGUUAUUUAUCCAUGGAUAAAAAUGAUGUUAUACUGUUGGCAUGUGAAAAAUUGCGGAACAUGAACCUAAUCGUCGAGGCUGGAGAGUACAUGUUAGAAACUGAGGCGAGUGUUAAACAUCUUUGUUUAUGCUCGAUACUCAUUUUUAAAACGAUCGGUGUGGACAAUUUUAAUUUAUCAUUGGGUACGACACUUAUGGACGAUACCAAUCUCUCGGAUAACAUGUUGGAACCUAGCUCUGACUUGUUUUUGUCCGGUCUCAAAUUGGCCAGAGAGAUGGCGAUUAAAGCCAUGCUCAUUGCUGAAGACGAAGACAAAUUGGCCACUAUAGAAGUAUACAACUUCGUAAGCAGUUACAUUUACUUGACAUGUCCAGCUAGAAGCCAGGUCAUGAAACGAUUGUUCAAAGAAAUGUUGAUCGAACCUUACGUGGUACCCGGUUACAACACAUUUACCUCCAUCAAAAAAGUAUUCGAGGAAUUCACAAGAUAUUUAGCGACACUCAACAAUCCCGUACACAAAUACCUCGUCCACUCGGUGACCGAGGGGCCACUUCCCGGUCCUCAAUUCCUAAAAUAUUUAGAACAGCACCACUCCACCAUCGACAAUCUGUGUCGGGAAGGCCACUACAUGGGUGCCCUCCACAUCAUCGACACACUCCAAAACGCCACCCUUCGUACGGACCUCACGGCUCAGUUGUACUGGGAACUGGACGAUAUAUUGUGCGAAAAUUGCAUGCCAAAACUGUUGCAAACGGUCACCUCCGCCCCCAGUCUCGACGUCCGGCUUCUGUAUUCGCUCUUGACGCGAGUCAAAACGAAUUAUGCGGUCAAGAUUUUAGAGGUCUCUCUAAGGCGUUACAGAAAAACACCAACUAAAUUGCUGGACUUGACAUUUGUGUCGCUUAGAUUAUUUAAAGCGAAGAAGAUGAAUGUGAAUAAUUCCCCAUUGUAUGAAGCUUUAUUGAUAAUUAAGUGGUGGAACAAGUUCUCCAAAUCCAUUGGUUCUAUGUCUUAUGAAACGUUCAUUAAAUUGAACUACGACGACCGACUGGAGCACUUUAUCAAACUAGAUAUUUUAGACCACAAUUUUAUAGGUGAAUACUGCAGUGAUUAUUCUAUGAGCGUGCAAAAAUAUUACGCAAAGUACCUGAAACAACACCUCUUGGGUUGGAAGCCAAAGUAUGACAUAGAUGUGGACGUGUGCAAUCGAAGAUCUUUAAUUUUACGAAACAACGAGAGUGACUUGAUUGAACUGUGCACCAAAAUAAUCAACAAAGUUACUGACAAAAAUAGUAUUAUUAAAAUAUUAACAGAAAUAUGGGAUAAAGUAAACUUCUAUCAUUACGAAGUCCUAAUUUGCAUUCUGACGACGAUAUCAAAAAUAAAAAAUAAAAUGGACAGCCUCACAGAACAACAAUUGCAUAUUCUUGCGUUCCUGAAAAAUUAUAAACGUUACUCCAGCCCGAGUCAAAGCGAAAUCGAACAAUGGUACACCGUCUUCCCGGACGUCCAAAGCAUCGACCCGCUCAGCGAGUUCCGUCUACCGUUCUCGCCCUCACUUUUCACCGGCGAUAUCUGGAACAUCAUCCGUCCGGAAGUCAACCUCAAAACGUACGAGCACUGGUUCUGCGCCAUCAGCGUCCUCAAGAACAACCUCAGCAUGGACGACAUUUGUCUGUUCGUCAUCAAAGAGGUGACCAGCAGCGGCAUCCUGGGCAACAACACCGACCCGGAGUGGCAGAUGACGCCGCGUCACCAAGAUCUGCUCGCCGAAGUCGACAGGUGCAUCAGUCACAUCAGCGAUUUGGAGAAGAAAGCUUCCGCGAUCUACAACCUGAUGAUUUACAUGCCCAAGGGGGCGGAUCAGGUGGCCGCGGCCGAAAUGUGCUACCGAUGCGCCGUCGAAUACAAACAGACCCAGCCCGACACGGCCAACGAGAAAGCUUUCAUUAAGGUAGAAAAGAAGUAUUUCAGCCUCUCCGCCACACAUAUCCUGCACAAGUACGCACUUAAUGAGCCGGAAUAUUUGGAGCUGGUCUCCAAACCCGAGGAACUGAUCAUGGCCUUGUACAUGGACAAGAGGAUCGUGGGAAAAGCUGAUUGCGUCAACGUGAAGUGUCCGGACAUAAAUGCGGCCGUCGACGAGCUAAGCGCUUUCUUCCAAUUGAACGUUAACCAAAUUCGACACAGCUUGCUCGACAGUUGGCUCAUGGGAAGUGAGAACGUAGUCGACAUGGACUUCACCAUAACCGGAAGUGCUUCAACUGACGCGUCGUUCUUCACGAAGACCGACGCCAGUUUAAAGAGGGCGGCGUACCUCUGCACGAGCGGUACCAAUGUGUAUUGGCAAACAUUUUUGUACGCCAAAGGAACGGACGAUCAGACAAUGAAGGAUAAGCAGAACCUGCAGUAUGGUGCCAGAGCUUUAAAGUGUCUUUGUGCAAUUUCCGACAAGGAGUCCCUUCUUUCACUUACAGAGGCCACUUACGAGGAACUCAUGUUCCACGUGGAUAAACUUACACUGUUAAGUCAGCUGGAGUUGUUUGGAUUCACAUUAGAUAUGAAUGAAAUCGACAAUUACAACAAGAAGGAACUGUUGAAGCGUGUUUCUGUUGAAAAUAACAAUCCUAGAGCCAUAAGUGUGAUGGCAGCAAUUUGCAUUAUUUACGCCAUAGGUGACCUUAAGUAUUGGAAAUUUAUUGUAACAGCUGCAAUUAAAUUAGACAUGUAUAAAGAUUUAAAAAUGUACCUGGACUUUUUGAAGAAUAAGAAAUGUCAGUACAAGAACUUUUAUGUCAUUGCUUGGCAGAAGUUGAUAGAACAUUCUUUUAAUACAAGAAAUCUGUCAUCUGAUGAGACAGAUGAAGCUUAUGUAGAAAGUUUUUUGAUGCUUCAGUCUUGUCCUGUUUUAUACUCAUUAAACUUGGAGAAUGCUAUUCAAAUUUGUUGCAAUAAUUCGAAGUACGUGUAUGCAGCUGCCUUACUACCCUAUCUCCCUAAGGAAAAACAGAAGUACUACGUUAAGGAAAUUACUUCGGUUGCCGAAAUUGGCUUAAAUCAGUUGCAAGAAUUAAGAAACCAAGGAAUAUGUAUUACAAAUGCUAAGACUGUGUUAGGACUAUGUUAAUUUUAAUUAUUAUAAUAAAAAUGUUUUAAAUAACUUAAUUUGCAAAACAUUUAUUUUUAUAAAAUAUAUUUUUAAUAAACUUUAUUGAAACUAUCAA